AUGGCGGAGGCCGGAUCGAAUUCAACACCGCCGACGGCUGGACAACAAACCAUGAGCGCCACCGAAAUCGAAGCAGCGCUGGCGCAUCUGGAAAUGCUACAAGACAGAAUCGAUUCUCUGCGAACGACAAUACCAUCACUAGUCUCGCCGCUCGCUCAAUCAGCAACAAGCAGAGCGGAGAUGUUCGGCCGUGUGCGCAAAGCUGCGGUGCAGUCGGCGGGCGAUCUGAAGGCUUUUAGGGAGGAGUGGGGUUCUGAGCGGACGCGAGGGUUGCUUGCGAGGGGGAGGGAGGGGUAUGGGGAGGUCGCUAAGGCGUAG